GCUAGGUAAUUGUGUAACCUACGACUCAAAGUAAGUGUGUAUGUACGUACACUAGGAGAGACUAUAUAAACAGAUAUUUAACUUAUAGUGAUGAGCCGUAUUACAUCUCUGCUGCGAAGAACAUUCGGAGUGGCAAGAGAGCAUGUCGGCACGGAUCAUUUAGGAAAUAAAUACUACUAUAUACCCGAGCAGAAGUCUUGGACUGGACGGGUCAUCCGGACCAGACGCCAAGUAGAAGCAGCCAAUCCAAAUGAAUUUGAGUACAUGGAAGGAAGCAUUCCUUCUGAAUGGGAUGCUUGGAUCAGGGGCAGGCGGAAGCAGCCACCUACAAUAGAGGAGUUGCUACAGAACGAACGUUACAGGGAGCAGAUCAAAGUCAGAGCUAUAGAGGCAGAGGAGAAGGAUAAAACCCUGCAGGCAAAAGAGUAUGAGGAAGGUUUGGUGGCCCAACCUGUUCAGACUCAGGUCAAAGGUCAUGCUUCUGCCACACAGUUUGGACAGACUGAAUUCAGUGAGGAACCUGUAAGCACUGCAAACACAUUCCAGCCUGGGUCCUGGACGCCUCCAGGAAGCAAAAAAUAGGUUUAUUUGAAACCUCCUUUGCCGUCUUCAAGUAAAUUUGCAGUUUAAGUGAAAUAGUAGUUUUGCUGAUUUUCAAUGCACCUCAGCACUUCUUGAUAUAUAUUCAGUACUGAUUCUCUUGAGACAAUUGAUAACCACUGCAUGUAAUGACUGGUUGGCUUGCUUUUUUUUUUUUUUAAGUUUAAAGGAAUAUUUUCCCCAGAGAUUUCUGAAAAUGUACACACCCUCAGACUAUCCAAGAUGUAGGCAAGUUUCUUCAUCCAAACAGAUUUAGAGAAUUUGGAGUCCAAACAUCUCUUGAAAACAUGACAGUGUAACUUUGUGAAUUGAAAAGCUCUGCAUUAAAAUGUUUUUAACUUCAAACUGUUGCUUCCAGGUAAAUUACUAGUCCUCUAUCCGUAAUAUUGCCUUCUCCUUGUCUAAAUCAGGAGCCAAAGCAGUUCUAAACAAACAUGUUGAUCAAAUUUUGAAGUAAAAGUAAAAACUUAAGUGUUAAAAUAAUAGAUGUUAUCUUGCAAACAUGCCGCUUUUUACUUUACAAGAUAUUAAUUGACGGUCUGGAGUCAUGUCAAUUAUGUGCAUUAUUGUGAAGUUUUCACAAUCAUCACUGUGGAGGAUCAACUGAAUAUUAAUGUGAUGUAAUGCUAAAUUUCUCCAAAUCUGUUCUGAUGAAGAAACAGACUCCUCUAAAUCCUUGUAAAAUCAUGUAAAGAAAAAAAAGAUAUGCUGCUAAUAAAAGCGUUCUGCAUCA